AUGCCUGCCGUUAUUCAAGUUAUGCCCACACCUAUCGUGCGCAAAGCACCACCCAAGGUAGUUGGACCCACGAACGCCAACCCUAUUCGACCUACCAAGAAGCUUCCUCAAUACAUGAUCAAGGAAGGUCUAGCACGUCAGCCUAUCCAAUUUGAUGCUAUGAAGCACCUCAGCUUCAAGAAACCCUCUAAGCUUUAUACCAUGGAAGAAAUCGGUCUUGCCGGAGAGGGUAUCUCCAACACCGCUGCCUCAGAACCCUUUAGCCUCUUUACCCCAGAAGCAAUCAAGCAGAUGCGAGCCGAGAUCUUCAGCCCCGAGGUUCUUGAAAAUAAUCAGUUUGCUUCCGCUUUCGCUUCCAAUAUGAUCCGUGGCUACGGUCCCAAGCUCGCCCCUUUUAUUUUCGAUCCCUAUAACAGUCCCGAAUUUCUCCGUGUUAUAUCUGAUCUUGCCGGUCUUGAUCUUGUACCUGCAUCUGAUUGGGAGACUGGCCAUACCAAUGUCUGGUUUGAGGACGGCCAGGUUGAUGCCAACCGCACCGAGAAAUCUGCUUUCUCCUGGCAUCGCGACAGCUUCCCAUUUGUUUGUGUGACGAUGCUUUCCGACUGCACUGGGAUGACCGGAGGCGAAACAGCCAUGCGCAUGGGCACUGGUGGUAUUAUGAAGGUUCGUGGUCCCAGCAUGGGCACCUCAUGUAUCAUGCAAGGUCGUUACAUCGAGCACGCUGCUCUCACUGCCGAGGGAAUCCCCGAACGUAUCGCCAUCGUCACAGCAUUUCGCCCCAAGGACCCCCUCGUUACCGACGAGCUCAUCCUUACUGGUUCCCGUCCCAUCAGCCAUAAGGAGGACCUCUACUACCAAUACUCAAAGUACAGGUUGGAUGUUAUUGAGGCUCGCUCCCGCCACCAAUUCAAGAAGAUUAUGGAGCAUAAGCGAUACGGCCGUGAUUUUGAUGCCGAUGAGAUGAAACAGUGGCUCGCCCAGCAAAGGGAUUUCAUUGACGCCUGGAUCGGGGAGCUUAUCUAA